AAAGCCAAUGAACUUCCACGCACACACAUGUUAUUUGUCAGUAUCAGUCACAGUCAGUCAGUCAACACAACAGCAACUUUGUGAAUGUGAAGUGAAUUAGUUUCGUCAUCAAAAAUUCCUAAGAAUUAUAUUUAAGUUCACGAACAUCACAUCAUUCUUCAUUAUAUUUCAAAUAAUCUCCUAUGAAGUCUAAGACUACAAAUGAUUCAAAUUACCAGGCUGGAGAUAUAAUCACUGAAGAUUCACAAGAAUUAUAUUGUAUACAGACAUCUAUAGAAGGUACACCUGCAGAACCUGAAAAUCAAACCUCCCGUGAAGCGGAAAACGGCAACGUUGAGUUGACUAUUGUUGAAUCUAGGCUUGUUGAAGAAGACAUGGAUGGAGAUGAAAAGAAAGCACAAAUAUACUCACCAAACAGAAAACCUCAAAAUGCAAUAUAUGUAAAGUAUGCAAGUUUAUUAAUAUUAACUUUACAAAAUGCGGCAUUGGGGCUUAGUAUGCGGUAUGCUUUUACAAGGGAAGGAGAAAAAUUCUCUCCACCAGCAGCAAUACUCAUGGCCGAAUUAUUGAAAUUAGUAAUAUGUUUAUUUCUCGUAAUUCAAGAAUCUGGAAGUCUGCCUACUGCAGUACACUCAUUGUAUACCACAGUUAUACUUAACAUAAAAGAUACAUUACGUGUCGGAGUGCCAUCAUUUCUUUAUGUUUUACAAAACAACUUACUUUACGUAUCUUCUUCUAAUUUAGAUGCUGCUACUUAUCAGGUGACAUAUCAGUUAAAGUUGCUAACAACUGCAUUCUUUGCCGUAGUAGUUUUAAAAAGAAAACUAAAAAGGUGGCAAUGGAUUGCUUUAGGUCUUUUAGCAGCUGGUAUAGCAAUGGUGCAGCUAUCAUCUACUACCAAGGAGGCUGUACCUACAGCAACAACCAGAUCAGAGUCCAAAGUCAUUGGAUUUUGUGCAGCUUUAGCUGCCUGCUUUAUAUCUGGUUUUGCUGGAAUUUAUUUCGAAAAAGUUCUUAAGGAAUCCGAUGUAUCAGUCUGGAUGAGAAAUGUGCAGUUAAGUUUACUGUCACUACCGUUUGCAUUUUUAACAUAUCUAUUCAAAGAGAAAUCAUUGACUAAUGUACUAAAAGGUUUCGAUGGUUUCGUGUGGUAUUUAGUAGUUCUCCAGGCUGCAGGAGGACUCAUUGUAGCAGUCGUUGUCAAAUACGCAGAUAACAUUUUGAAGGGUUUCGCAACGUCCGUGGCGAUAAUAAUUUCCUGUAUAGCGUCAAUUUAUAUAUUUGAUUUCCGAUUAACUUUACAGUUUGUUUGCGGCACGACGAUGGUGAUAGGAUCUAUAUUUCUCUAUGGUUAUGUUCCUAAGAAACCAGAUCUGCGAUUAUCUUUAAGUGUAUGAUCUUGUUAUACGUAGGUAUUAUUAAAAAAGCUUACCACGCAAAACUAGCAUAAUUAUAAGUGGCGUAAUUACAACUAUUAGGCUCAAAUUGAAAAUCCGGCGUCGACGAAUUCAAAGUACGUCACGUCGUAGGAUAGAAAUUUAAUAACAUCAAUGAACAUUUACGCCAUGUAAGUAUAAUUCUCGUUUUGUUGUGCAAUAUUUUAUAGCUAGGUACUUAUUGCUAUUUUUAACACUAUCGGUUUAUGGGCUAUAGUUUAUUUAGGUACUUAAAUUAUUACUAUUAAUUCGCCCAUAAGUGAAAUUAAGUUAUUUUUCUUUUCCAGUAUUAUCUGAAUGAAAAUAGUUAAGUAUUUCGAACUAUUUUGGCGGCAACGAAUAGUGGUCAUAUAUUUAAGUUUUCUGACAUUACAGUGUGAGAAAGCAACAGAAAUAUUCAACUUUAUAAAUGUAU